AUGUCGUACUGCAAACAAGAAGGCAAGGAUCGCAUCAUCUUUGUGACCAAAGAGGACCACGAGGCACCCAGCAACGCAGAGCUGAUCGCAGAUGACCCCGAUGAUCCCUAUGAGGAGCACGGCCUGAUCAUGCCUAAUGGACAGAUAAACUGGAACUGCCCGUGUCUCGGUGGCAUGGCCAGUGGACCGUGUGGCUCUCAAUUCAAGGAGGCCUUCUCGUGCUUCCACUACAGUCAGGAAGACGUCAAGGGCUCGGAAUGCAUCAACCAGUUCCGCGGCAUGCAAGAGUGCAUGCAGAAGUAUCCUGAGCUCUAUCCGCAGGAGGAGGACAAGGAAAGCUCCGGUCAAGCAGAGCCCCACUCUGGUCCUGCUGCUGCUGACGACUCGGCCUUACUGUCGGAGGAUGACUCGACUCCGUCGACUUCAGUGGUGCAAUCCGACAGCACGGUGACUACAGAAAAAAAAGCUGUCAGCUAA